AUGACCUGGUCCCCGAUCCGUCAGCGGCAGUUGUUGACGUUCUUGUCGGUGUUGGCUUGCAUGUUGGCAACAGGCAUGCUGUUGGCUAUAAGCGACCACGGGGUCUUUUUUCCGUUUCAGUGGACUGCUGACUACACAAAGAAGUCGUACGGCAUUACUAUUGACGCAGGGAGUCAUGGAACACGCGGUCAUCUGUACGAAUGGAGUGGUCGUGUAGAAGACCCACAGAACCCACAGUUGCGGCCUGUGACAGUGCCGAUUGAGAUCUUUACGUAUGAGCCUGGUUUAAAGGGUAUUUCGGAGUUUGUGGAGCGGCCAUCGAAUGUGGGUUCUGAAGUGCUGAAGCCGAUUAUCGAAGCGAUGAAGAAGGAGUUGGAUAUGCAGGGAUGUUCGGAGACACGCUGGGCAUCAGUGCCAGUGUACGUCAAGGCCACAGCGGGGAUGCGGAAUAUGGAUGCAGACACGGCGGAGGGUAUUUUCAACGCCAUCCGGUCGUAUCUUUUGGACUCGGGUAACCCUUUUGAAUUUAAGCCGGAUUGGGCCCGUGUCAUCUCUGGUGAGGAAGAGGGUGUGUUUGGCUGGCUGGCCGUGAAUAGCGAACACUCGACGUUGCUAGAGCCGGCUGUGGGCACGAUAGGGGCUCUAGAUCUGGGCGGUGCGUCAGCCCAGAUCACCUUCAUGCCCACGACCGCUUCGGUCCUUGAAGACUUUUACGAAGUGGAUCUGGGGGAACGGGUUGUGCGCCUGUACUCUCACUCAUUCCUUGGCUACGGCUGGGACGACUCACGAAUGCGUGUGACCACCCGACUAGCGAUGGGCUCGUUCUUCAACGCGUUGGCGGAGGACGUACAUGCAUUAAACCAAGAUGUUGCGAACCCAAAGGUUAUGAGCGCGGACGAGAUUGCCAACGCUUUCCUGGCGGGCAACAUGGCCUCUUUCAAGCCCCUCACGCACCCGUUGAGUGCGAAGAAUGUGAAGCACGCCAUCUACCUGGAUGCUGCGACCGAACAUCUGCCCACCUACGUCCUUCAGGCAGCGCACCCCUGCGUCCCCCGAGGCUAUGACGCGUACUUCGACCUGCCCUCGCUCCUAUAUCCUGACGGCCGCUUCUUCCUGGAUAUCGACGACCGCGCAAUCAUCGCCUACAUGGCUGCCAUCGGCUACGACCUCAGCAAUCACGUCGUCACCAAAAACUUCCCGCACGCACUUCUCGAACAAGCCAAGACAGACCCUCUCUCCCACACCUCCCUCAAACCCGUCAUGGACAACGUACUCGAAACCUUCAACUACACCAGCUCCGACUCCGCCGCCAAACGCCUCUCGCUCGCCGCGGAAGAGAGCGCACCGUUCCAUCCCUUCGUGGAACCGCUCCCCGCACCCAAAAUGAAGUACAGAGUUUUGUUCAACGGCAGCGGAGACAUGCAAAAGUGCCAAGCUCUUGCCAAACAGUACGAACACCCACCACCACCACUUCACAUACCGCUGACUCACCCACUCCUGGCACUGACUCGUCACCUGCGUUUUAGGCUGUUCUACAAGGAGCCUUGUUUCUUGUCUUCGUGCUCUUACAACGGCGUAUAUCAGCCCCGCGUUGGCGACAGCCGUUUCCUAGCACUGGGCCAGUUCGCUAAGGUCCGCGCCGCUCUCGACAUACCGGUGGUCUCCACUCCGAACACCAUCGAAAAUCGCGCCAUGACCGUGUGCGGCACCAACUGGGCCAACAUGACGGCCCAGCAGCAGCAGGGGCAGUACGCUCCCUACGGCAAGUCCAGCAUUUCCCAACUGUGCUGGAAGGCCGUCUGGACUCAUGCGAUGCUCACCACCGGCUACGGCUUCGACGGAGACAGCCACGCCAUCACCUUCUUCGACAUCACCAACCCCGACGGAGCCGCGAAGUCGCCUGGCUGGGCCCUCGGCGCCAUGCUCAACGAAGUAUCCUCCAUGCCCUGGGAGUCAGCCAGAGGACGAUUUCAGGCUCCCUUCUGGUGGGCCUUCGCCACCGGCAUCGUGCUCAUACUACUCGCUUGCCUCCAGGCAGCCAAAAUCAAACGCCUCAGACAAAAGCUGCCACAAACCCGCUCCGAUAUCUACGUACAGUACUCCCCUGCUGAACAACUCAUACAGCCCUAG